AUGAAGCCAGAAACAGCUGGGGGCCGCCUGCUCCUCCCGCUGCUGCUGGCCGCGGUGCUGACGGGAACCCGCGCUCAUCCUGUGCCUGGGGACACCAGGCUCCCACCAGAUGCAAAGGAAUGCCACCUAGCCCGGUUCAAGUCUCUGGCCCCGCAGGAGCUGACGGCCUUCAGGAAGGCCAGGGAUGCCAUAGAGGAACGGCUGCCCCAGAAGGAUGUCCAGUGCAGCAUCACUCUCCUACCUGUUUCUCCUGAUUACCUGUUAUUUCUCGCCUCUUCUCAGGUCCAGGAGCGCCCCAAGGCCCUGCAGGCUGAUCUGGCCCUGACACUGGAGGUCCUGGAGAACUUGACUGACUCAGCCCUGGGCCCCCUCCUGCACCAGCCUCUUCACACACUGCGCCACAUCCAGUCCCAGCUGCAGGCCUGUACACAAUCUCAGCCCACAGCAGAGCCCGGGUCCCCGAGUCACCGCCUCUCCCGCUGGCUGCACAAGCUCCAGGAGGCCCAGGAGAAGGAGACCCCCGGCUGCCUGGAGGCCUCUGUCACUUCCAACCUCAUGCGCCUGCUCAUCCGGGACCCGGAGUGUGUGGCCGCGGGAGAUCAGUGGGUGUGAGUGCAGUGGCCCCGCACAGCGCAUCCAAGGCUCCGGACUCCACACUGGGUCCCACCCCUCCCUUAUUUCCUCUCACUCUUUAUUUAUGAAGCUGUGGUCCAAGCUGGGUUUAUUUUUCCUAUUUUUAUACAACAUAUGCAAAUAAACAGGGAGGAGUUGGACCCUUCUGUGAUCCUUGCGUGUGUGUCCGUGUGUGGCUGUGGCAUGCAGCUGAGUGUGGAUGACUGUGGUGCAGAGGACAUUCGAGACUGUGCGUUUGUGUGUCUGUCUUCCGUGAUGUGUAUCCAAGGGACCACCUCUCAAAAUCAGCAACUAACCAAAGAUGUGUCACUGUGGCCUGUCCACAUUCACACGUACAAACAUGCUAAUAAGUCUUUCUCUAGUCUGUAUGUACCGUGUAUCUCUCUUUUAAACGUCUCUGGGACAGAUGGGGGGGUCUCUCUCAUUCAGGAAUCUGUCUCCUUAUAAUAAGUAAUCAGAAAACCCAACACGAGCUGCAGAGUUUGGACAAGGGUGAGAACUUUAGGUUUGAUCCCCAACACCCAUGUAAAAAGGAAAAAAAAAGAUACAGCCAACUUUGGAAACGGACACAGAACAAGGAUCCCUGGGGCUAGCCGUCCAUCCAGUCUAGCAGCUGGUGAGCUUCAGAUUUAGUUAUAGACCUUGGCUGAAAAAUAAAGUGAAAAACAAUUGAGAAGACACAUAACACACAUGUCAGGCCUCCAUGCACUGGUACAUGUCCGAGAAAGUA